UUAAAUUGGUCCGCAGUAUAGAAUAAAAUAGUGGAGUGAAUAAUUGAACCUUACUAUGACAAAAAAAUUAAAAUUCUCGUGAAUAGUGAUGUUCUCUAUGCCGAAAUUUGUGUAAUACUGAUUUAUUUGGGAAAAAAAUGCUCAGAACGGAAAUCCGUUUUGUACCGCCGUGAGCUUGACAAGUGCUUCUUGUGCUGCAUCGACCUUGGCUUCUGUAGGAUGGCAGGGAAGGCGUGGAGGUCAGCGGUGUCGUUGGUGGUUGGAGCUUGGAAGACACAGGCUCCACAACCCAGGACAUUCACCCGUGGGAUACAAACUGUGACUUUAAUCCCUGGGGAUGGAAUUGGUCCAGAGAUCUCCGAUGCUGUCAUGAAGAUAUUUGAAGCAGCUGAAGCACCUAUUCAGUGGGAGGAGAGAAAUGUUACAGCCAUCCAAGGACCAGGUGGCAAGUGGAUGAUCCCUCCUGAUGCCAAAGAAUCGAUGGACCGGAACAAAAUUGGCCUGAAAGGUCCUUUGAAGACACCAAUAGCUGCUGGCCAUCCAUCUAUGAACCUUCUGCUGAGGAAAACGUUUGACCUCUAUGCCAAUGUGCGCCCCUGUGUGUCCAUUGAGGGCUACAAGACCCCCUACACUGAUGUGAACCUGGUCACCAUCAGGGAGAACACUGAGGGAGAGUACAGUGGAAUUGAACAUGUGAUCGUUGAUGGAGUUGUACAAAGUAUUAAGCUCAUUACAGAGCAAGCCAGCCAGCGCAUCGCAGAGUAUGCUUUUGAAUAUGCCAGAAAUAAUCAGAGGGCCAGUGUUACUGCUGUUCAUAAGGCCAAUAUUAUGCGCAUGUCAGACGGGCUUUUCCUACGAAAAUGCAGAGAGGCUGCUGAAAAGCACAAAAGUGUAAAGUUCACUGAGAUGUACUUGGAUACUGUGUGCCUUAAUAUGGUACAGGAUCCCACACAGUUUGAUGUAUUAGUGAUGCCAAAUUUGUAUGGAGACAUCUUGAGUGAUCUUUGCGCUGGACUAAUUGGAGGUCUCGGAGUCACUCCUAGUGGAAACAUUGGAGCCAAUGGUGUUGCCAUAUUUGAGUCGGUUCAUGGAACUGCCCCAGAUAUAGCAGGGAAAGACAUGGCCAACCCCACCGCCUUGCUGCUCAGUGCUGUCAUGAUGCUGCGGCACAUGGGCCUGCAUGGCCACGCCAAGAAGAUUGAAACUGCCUGCUUUGACACCAUUCGAGACAAAAAGGUUCUAACAAAAGACCUGGGAGGAAAUUCUAAGUGCUCAGAAUUCACUGAAGCAAUAUGUCAAAGAGUGCAGGAUAUGAACUAAAAGCAUGCUGAUGGGGCCAUGAGUUAAGUGUUAUGGCUAUGGAUCACUUUAUUUCAUCAUGUUGAAUUGUAUCUGCACAUUUUAAACCAAAAUAUGUAUUUAAAAAAAGACUCAGGAGUUUGAGAUCCUAAAUGUCUUAUUUUUCUCUCUGCACACUCCAACAGUUUUGACCAACAGUUACCGUGUACUAGAUGUGAUAUGUGUUUUAUUCCUAAACUGUUAAAUCUGUAGUAGAUAUUGUCUUAUUUAUUGGCUGAAUUUGGCCUCUUGUCUAAUGUAUUUGACAGUUAUUUUAACAUUGAAGAUACAAUCUGUAACCCCCAUGAUCACUCGAGAAACACUCAGUACAUUUGUCAACAAGCCAAACUCUUCAAUUACUGUAUGUUUGUGGAUAUAUUUCACGUUUAUGUGGCAUAAAAAUACAGAUUGGGACUUUAAUGACCUAAAUAUAAUCAGGCUUCUGUGUCAUGAAACUUGAAGAUGUUUUGUACAACGUCUUUUAUUGUCAUGUCGUACCGUUUUUCUCUCUGCAACUAUGCUGAAUGUAUGAAGAAAAAUUAAUAUUACAAUGACAUCAGAAAUGCCAGACUUUUUAUUCAGUGUUAUGCCAAUGACUCUUUUGGGUGUCAUAAGCCAGGUCAGCUGCUAUGAUGAUGACCACUGUGAUUAGAUUCCUGGUCAAAGUUACAAGUUUUUAUCAGGACUGGUAUAAACCACGUGCUGAAUACCACCAAGUAUUUGCACAUGACAUGGGGUCAGAUCCAGCCAUGCAAGUAACUGCAGUAAAAACAAAUGUUUGACAAGAGACAUAUAAAUUAGAAACAAAUGCUUCACU